CCAGGCCUCCUGCCCCACGGCGAGGGGAGCUGCCCCCCAACCAGGCCUCCUGCCCCACGGCGAGGGGAGCUGCCCCCCAACCAGGCCUCCUGCCCCCCCGGCGGCUGCGGCUGCCCCACGGCGAGGGGAGCUGCCCCCCCCCCGGCGAGGCCUCCUGCCCCUCCCUGUGACCUCAUCUGCUGCCUGCUGACAUCAUCUGCCCCACGGUGACCUCAUCUGCCCCACGGCGGCCUCCUCUGCCCCACAGUGACCUCGCCCGCCCCACGGUGACCUCACCCGCCCCAGUGAUGACCUCACCCGCCCCCACGAUGAGCUCCUCCAUCGCCCAUGACCUCCCGUUCACCCGGGGCGCCCGCCCGCCCCCCGGCUGCCCCACGGAGGACCCCGUCAUCCGCAUCCCGCCCUACCACUACAUCCACGUGCUGGACCUCAACUCCAACGUCACCCGCGUGGAGGUCGGGCCCCUCACCUACAUCCGCCAGGACCACGAGAGGGUGGUGUUCGCGCCGGCGCGCAUGGUGACGGUGCCGGCGCGGCACUACUGCGUGGUGCUGCACCCGGCCGCCCGGGCGCCCGGCGGGGAGACGCUGCUCGACGGCGCCGGCCAGGCCCGGCUGCGCCACGGUGACCUCGAGGUGCGCCUGGCCCAGGAGCCCUUCCCCCUCUACCCCGGCGAGCAGCUCCAGCAGGACGUGACGCCGCUGCGGGUGCUGCCGGCCGACACGGCGCUGCGCCUCCGCGCCCUGCUCGACUUCGAGGCCGAUGACGGCACCCGCGUGGUGGCCGGCGACGAGUGGCUCUUCGAGGGGCCCGGCACCUACAUCCCGCGCAAGGAGGUGGAGGUGGUCGAGACGCUGCAGGCCACCGUCGUCGGCCCCAACCAGGCCGUGCGGCUGCGGGCGCGCAAGGAGUGCGCCGACCGCCAGGGCACCCGCCGCGUCACAGGCGAGGAGUGGCUGGUGAGGCGGGUGGGCGCCUACCUGCCCGGCGUCUACGAGGAGGUCGUCGACGUGGUGGACGCCAUCGUCCUCACCGAGAAGAAAGCCCUGCACCUCCGGGCCACCCGGACCUUCCGGGACGCCCAGGGCACGGUGCGGCGCACGGGCGAGGAGUGGCUGGUGACGCAGGAGCAGAGCGAGGCCUACGUCCCCGACGUCUUCGAGGAGGUGGUGGCCCAGGUGGCCGUCACCACCCUGGGGCCCCGCCAGUACUGCGUGGUCCUCGACCCCGUGGGGCCCGACGGCAAGCCCCAGCUGGGCCAGCAGCGCGUCGUCAAGGGCGAGAAGUCCUUCUUCCUGCAGCCGGGCGAGCGGCUCCAGGCCGGCAUCCAGGACGUCUACGUGCUGGCCGAGGACGAGGGGCUGCUGCUGCAGGCGCUGCAGACCCUCACCCACCCCGACGAGGGGGGGACGGAGGUGACGCGGCGGGCGGGCGAGCGCUGGCUGGCCCGCGGCCCCCUCGAGUACGUGCCGCCGGCCGAGGUGGCCGUGCUGGAGCGGCGCCGCGCCGUGGCCCUGGGCGACGGAGAGGGCAUCUACGUGCGCGACGUCCGCACCGGCAAGGUGCGGGCGGUGGUGGGCCAGACCUACCUGCUGACGGCGACGGAGGAGCUGUGGGAGAAGGAGCUGCCGCCGGGGGUGGAGGCUCUGCUGGCGGCCGCCCGCGACCCCCUGGGCCAGCGCGGGGACCUCGGGGACAGCGGGGACAACCACGGGGACGCGGGGACGCGGCGGGACCGCACGCGGGCCGUCACCUUCCGGGUGCCCCACAACGCCGCCAUGCAGCUCUACGACUACCGCGAGCGGCGGGCCCGGGUGGUGCUGGGCCCCGAGCUGGCGCUGCUGGCGCCGGGGGAGGUGCCCACGGUGCUGUCGCUGUCGGGGGGCCGCCCCAAGCGCCCCCACGCCCGCCGCGCCCUCUGCCUGCUCCUGGGCCCCGACUUCUGCGCCGACCUGGUGGCCAUCGAGACCGCCGACCACGCCCGCCUCCAGCUGCAGCUGGCCUACAACUGGCACUUUGAGGUGCCGGAGACGCCGGCGGAGCUGGGGCGGCUCUUCAGCGUCCCCGACUUCGUGGGCGACGCCUGCAAGGCCCUGGCGUCCCGCGUGCGCGGCGCCGUCGCCGCCGUCUCCUUCGACGACUUCCACAAGAACUCGAACCGGGUGAUCUGCUCGGCCGUGUUCGGCUUCGACGAGAGCGGGCGGCUGCGCGAGCGGCUCCGCUUCGCCCCCAACGGGCUGGUGGUGACCAGCGUGGACAUCCAGAGCGUGGAGCCCGUGGACCAGCGCACCCGCGACGCCCUCCAGCGCAGCGUCCAGCUGGCCAUCGAGAUCGCCACCAACUCCCAGGAGGCUGCCGCCAGGCAGGAGGCGGAGCGGCGGGCGCAGGAGGCCCGGGGCCGCCUGGAGCGGCAGCGGCUCCUCGACCAGGCCGAGGCCGAGCGGGCGCGACGCACCCUGCUGGAGCUCGAGGCCCUCAGCGCGGCGGUGGAGAGCGCGGGGGCGGCGCGGGCUGAGGCGGAGGCGCGGGCCGAGGCCGCCCGCAUCGAGGGCGAGGCCGCCAUCUUGCAGGCCAAGCUCAAGGCCGAGGCCGCCGCCAUCGAGGCGGAGGCGGAGCUGGCGCGGCGGGAGCGGGCGCAGGCGCAGGAGCUGCGCGUGCAGCGGGCGCGGGCGGAGGCGGAGGCGGCGCACGCGCAGGCGCUGGCCGAGGUGGAGGGGGGGCGCGUGCGCGACGUGGCCGCCGCCCUCGGCCCCGACGUCAUCCGCGACAUCGCCCGCGCCGGGCCCGAGCUCCAGGUGAAGCUGCUGCAGGGCCUGGGGCUGCAGUCGACGCUCAUCACCGACGGCGCCGCCCCCCUCAACCUCUUCGCCACCGCCCGGGGGCUGCUGGGCCUGGCCCCGCCCCCUGCGCCCAGCCCCGCCCCCUGAGCGCCCGGGACACGCCCCCCCCACCCCCGGGCUCCGCCCUCCACCCUCGGGCUCCGCCCCCUGCACUCCACGCGCCAAUAAAGGCGGCUUUCAGCAGCA